CCACAACCACAGCCACAACCACAGCUACAGACACAAUUACAGCCACAGCUACAACCACAGCAACCACAACAACAGCAGCAGCAGCCACAGCAGCCACAGCAACAGCAACAUGUUCAUAUACCGCAGCCUUCAGGAAAAUCGUCAGGGAAAGAGCCUCACACAGGUUCACAAUUCAUGAUACGAAACACCAACACAUUUCCCAAACGCCGGGCUACAAAACAAUUCCUUACACAGAUGCAUGUUCAGAAGACCUGCAUGAGCCGCAGCCAUCCCUGCAUCGAGGACGGCUUUUCUGGUGAUGGGGGAGGAAGUGUGACCUCACAGCUUCCUCCACCACCUCCGUCAGGCAUCAGCUCUUCAGUCUACCACACCCCGCCCACUACACCUCCUUGUACAAUGUGCCAUGUCCCUUAUUCAGAGACUUCACUACCUUUCCGAGUCAAGAUCACAAAGUGUGUGGUAUGCAGAAAAGGAAAGGUGCCUGAUGUUUUGUUCACUACUCUAGAGCCACCUGCAGGGAUACCAAUUACAGGGAGAGGUUGCCUGAUCCAGGCUCGGGUAGCAAGGCCUAAGCGUGACUUGAAGGGAGAACUCAAUGCAAAAGAAAUCUCUGAUUCAUUGCCUUUUCUUGAAUAUGAAUUACAUAAGCAGCUAAUGAACAAAAUGAAGAUCAAGGGCAUGAAUGCACUCUUUGGUCUGCGAGUGCGAGUAACAGUAGGAGAGCGCCUCAUUGUAGGGGUAGCAACAGCAACAGCAGUGUUUCUGACUGCUCUUCAGCCACCACCAGUCCCAAGGGUAACAUCUGCAAGCUCUUGCCGGGAGGAGGAAAGACGCAGAGUAGAUGUACAGAAACUUCUUCUUAGUACAAUAGCCAGAAACAAGGAAUGUUAUGGCACCAAGCACAUCAUCUCUGAUACCAUGGGAGAUGAGAUGAAUGGUGGUCGUGGAUCAGAUUCUGAGGACUCAGAAGAUGACCUUCCUGAGAUUGAUCUUUCCUCAGGCAACAAAGACACCUGUGUUUUAGAGCUGGAUGAUAUGGAAGAUGCAGAGAUGAUUGGAAUGCUGGUGGAAGGUUGUCAACCCGACCGUCUUGUGGCAGUGUCAACAGAGAUUCCCCCAGGGGUUCCUAAAGAAAACAUCGUGACCAAUUUGCAGAUGUUCACCAGGGUUUGGAGAGCAAAAGUUCCUGCCACAAUGAAUCAUAGUACCUUCAAUCAGUAUUUUGACAAAAUUCUACAGAGUGUGUACUUCAAAGUCCGCAAACUGGCGCCCUGCAUACUGGCAGGCAUGCAAAUCAAUGUAGAGCUGCCAGAGGAAGAUGAGUUACAAAUUAGCCUUUUGGGAAUGGUCCUUGGGGAGGGAAACCCAGCGCAGUCAGUACAAGGUGGUUCUCAGUCUGGGACUCUGGAUGUGCCCUUCAAGAAGUCUAAGCAAGAUGAUGGGGAAUUGAUAUUCAAAAUGGAGGAACUUUUACCCUCCAGUGAUGACAGUACAAAACAUAAGCCUCCAGCUCACCCGGCCCAGAAUCUUGUGAUGUCCAAGCAGUCCUCUUCAUCAAUAACAACUGUGCCAUCAGUGCCAUCUAUUUCAUCGGUUGUAUCCAUGAGCUCCUCCACUUCCUCAGCGCGAUCAUCCACUAGAUCCAGGAAUGAACAGAAAUAUGUAACAUAUCAUCAACCACCAAAAGAGAGAUAUGGAGUAGAAAUCACUCCCUUGUCUCACAUUCCUGGGGCUCGGAUAGAAAGACAUCUAGGAAACCUCAAUUUCUUCUUCAUUAGAGAAUCUACUAGUAUUAAGGAGUGUGGUGGUCUGAGUGGCUUCAUGGGAAGCUUUGUGACUGAGGUCUUAGCCUUGGUGCGUGCCCAUGUUGCAGCUUUGGGCGGUAAUGCCAUGAUUGCUUACUUCAUGUCAGAGUGUGUUUUGCUUCAUAAUCCUUACAAAAAUCAGGGUCAAUGUUUAAUCAACGUUGGAGGUGACGUUGUUCAGGUUGUAUACAGCGCAGCUACGGCACUCGCAGAGGCUUCAGCAGAAGAGUAACACGUAAAUUACACGUGGCAAGCAUCUGCUUACAUAUCGAAUCCUUUGAGGUUAUAGUGGAUGCUAGAGAAAUAUUAACAGUAAGGUGUAUGUGAAGUUUAAGAGUAUAUUAAUUUGAAAACUAAAGUUUUGCUAAUAUUUGUUAAAUAUAAAUGUUAUGCAAGUGAAAAUGAAAUAUUUAUUUUUUUGCUAUAUUAAACAUAUUUGUGUUUCAAAAUAUAUUUAUUUUUUGUGACAAUUAUACAAAUAUAAAGGAAUAACUAUUGUCAUAACAAAUUGGUUUCUAAACAAUGAAAAUAAUUUUCAGUCAUGUUACAAUGGUCAGAGCAACUGAAUAUGUUUUAGAGAUAAUGUUAAGAUAUGAAGUUGAUAUAUGAUGAUAGUCUUCUAAGAUGUACAGAUUUAAUGUUAACAGCUACAGAUAUAUUAAAAAUAUGUCUCACAUAUUACUUGAAAUUCAUUUUUAAACAUAAAAGUUGUAAACAGUCCAAUUGUAAAUGAGUUAUAUGUAUAUAUUUGAAUUGUUGUGCAUGUGUAAGUAUUAUACACAUCUGUAUAUAUUACUGUUUUCCUAUUUUAAUAAUAUUUCUUACUUAAAUUGGUUGAUACUAACAUGCUGAGAGACUAAUAAAGUUCUCUAUAUCUUAGAUGCUUCCAGAGUGGGAUUAGAGCAUUGACUUGAAAAAAUAAAAUGCCAACAUAUGCAUUAAUGUAAAUGCGGGAUAAUUGUAGAAUUUAUUACAAAGCUGAAUGAAAUAAUUUUUGAGAAACUUGCACAUGAUUGUCGAGUAGUGAAGUGAUGGAUUUAAGCAUCGCUUAGUAUGCAUCAUAAUUUGUCCUUGUGAACAUGCCGUAAAUGUGAUAGAAUGUUCAGUAAGGUAUCCCUUACUCAUUCCUUACUCAUGUCCCAACGAAUGUAAUAAGCAUGUGCUGGGUAUGCACAUAAACCUACACAUUCAUAAAUAGUCUGAUACAUUUUCCUAACUUCUGUUGUGUAUAUAUUAUUUACUGUCCAAUGACUGUUAAUUAUUUAAAUUUGCAACUGUAUCCUUAUAUCAAGUGUUUUUUUGUUUUACAAAGAUUUUUUCAUACUGUAAAGAUUAGAUGAAGGUAUAAAGAUUUAUUUGUGAUAUUUCCUGGCUUAAUUUAAGGGAGACAUGACAUACUGCAUCCCUUGUCAAGAACAUGGAAAUAGUCACUGUAAAUUAUUCUUACCGUAGUGACUUAUUGAGGGAUUAGAAUGCUAGUGAUUUGAUACCCAUUUUGUAAUUAUGUAAUACCCCUCUGUAUGGGAUGAUUAUUGUGGACAUGAUACUGUGAUAUUCUCAUAGAAUACAUAUUGUAUAGCAAGUGUGGAGCAAACACUGGAUUUAGGGGUUUCAUCCAUUUUACAUAGAUAAAUAUUGGAAGGAAUUGUAAUAUAUAAAAUUUUCUGGAAACUUGGUAAUGUGCCUAUGAUCUAGCUAUAGAAAGAGAAAAUUUCUUUGGUAUUUGAGAUUAUUUGCUGAUCUGAACCUGAAUAUUUUGUGGCAUUGAAAAAUGUAAAUGUUUUGGGUAAUGUAUAGCAUAGACUGACUUCUUGUAUAUAGAGUAUUUUCACAUUUUGUAUUUUUAUGAUAGCAUAGAUCCAUCUAAUGCAAUUAGAAGUUGUUAAGAUAUGUUAUUAUAGUACCACGUCAAUAACUACUCAGUGCCAUUCUUUUGCAUAUUACCCAUAAAAUAGUGGUGGUGGUGGGAACAUGAUGAGUUACAUCACUCUCUUUGGUUGUAUAUAACAUUAAACAGAAUCUCGUCUUUAUGGAUCUACAAGGCUUUUUAGCCCUUUGUCCAGUUAACUAUUUCCUUUAAUGUGGAUAUUAUAUAUUCACUCAUGUCAUAAAGGGUGGAAACAUUUAUGCUGGUCUAUAUUGCCAGCUUUAAAUUACCAUAUUUUAUUGCUGCUCUAGACUAUAUUUAGUAUAAAGUUAUAUUUAAACUCUUCUAUCAACAUCUUUCAAGAUAUUUAUGCAAUUAAAUCAGUAUGCUCUGUGCAACAUCUUGGGUCUGUUUCAACGAUUACUUGGCCAUACUAUAUGUUAUGCUCAGCAAAAUCUGUCUUCAUUUCUUUGUGGUGUUAAUACCAAGAAAGCAAUAUAGCAAGUAGAUGAUUUAAAAUAACUAGAAUUUUUGCUCAAUUUAUCUACUGAUGUUUCUUGUUACACAUCGACAUCUGAAUCUUCAUCAGUAUGUGUGUAUUUCUUGUCUCAUAUCCCUUAUCCGUACUGGAUAACCAACCAGGCCCAGGCUUACACCUGCUUUCACACUAUGUAAUCACAUGCAUAUCUAUGUGCAUGGUGUACACAUGCAUACACGCACGCGCACACGCACACGCACACGCACACGCACACGCACACGCACACGCACACGCACACGCACACGCACACGCACACACACACACACACACACACACACACACACACACACACACACACACACACACACACACACACACACACAAACACACACAUAUAUAUACAAGUGAACUCAUCCAUCCUUGCACAUUUACAUUACACAUAUGUUAUUCUGAUAAAAAUAUGCAACUACCCCCCCUUCCCUCUUCACAUAUACAAGCAUGCGUAUGUGCACUUGCAUACAUAUAUACACACUCCUACAGGCUCACUCACACACCAUUCACAUACAAGAUAUGCAGCUUUAUUUAUUAAUGUAAAGAGAUUUGAUUAUCCCAGUAAUUUCAAUAAUGUAAAGGUGCUCCAUAAUAUCUUCAUAAUGCUCACAGUGACCAUUUUGCUGAGUAAGAUUAUAUAGUAUGUAGCAUAUUUCUCUGGUAUUAAUGUAGUAGAAUAAAAUUACCAGUCGUUUUGGUGACUGAAUAGCUCAUUGUGUCUUCUAUUUUAGAAUAAUAAAGGUUAGGAAAAUGUAAAAUGUUAGUAAAAUCAUUUCCAUACAUGGUAUAUGUUGAUUUCAUAAUUAUUAUUUUUUCUCUGCUGUAUAUUAAAAAAGAAAAUUGUUUGCAUUCUAUAUUUAUUUUUUGAUGGUGGAAAAUAUUUUUAUGAACCUUUGUGCAAAAUUGAAGUAAAUCAUUAUGAAAGAACUAUUGCUAUGGCUCGUGUAUGUAUAUGAAGUUGUGUGAAAUGGGAAAUAUUAAAUUAUAGAAUAGUCAUAACAUAUAUAUUGGUAUUAUAGUAUAUGACUAUAUUGGAACCAAAUUAUAUGAGCAUCAUUAUAAAAAUUCAGUGCAGAUGUACUGCUUAAGUAUAGUAGCUUAAGGUUAUAAUGGGAAUUUUAUAGAUUGGUCAGAGAGAUCAUUAUUUAUUUUUUGUAAUGUUAUAAGCACUUUCAGGUUCAAUGACACUUGUUUAAUCUUUUAGAAAAUUGCAGUGAAUUCCAAACAGAAAGGCAAAUACAAGAAUACAGAAAAUGAGUAUACAGAAUAUUUAACAUCUUCAAUUUUGUAUUUUCAGUAGUGUCAAAAGUGUUGAUGUUAAGAAUGUCUUUAUUGUGAUUAUAUAUGGCAUGUUCAGUCUUUGUCUACAAGUGUGUUGUUGUGGAGUGUCAAUGAACUUGAGAACAUUAAAAGUAUUGUUAACUAGAGUUCUCAUUCUUAUUCUUGUUCUUCAUUACAUUAUCUGGGUUAAAAUUGAUGAAUCUGUUUCUGAUACAGAAGAAUACAUAGUAAUGGUAUAUGAUCAUCUGGUAAAUACAUUUAAUGACGUGCAUUUCAUCUGAUUUUGAACUAAUCCCCUCGACUAAAUUUUAAUGUGAUUUGAAUUUGUUACUUAUCAUAGCUAUUUCUUAGAAUGUUACAUUACAUGAGUAUUUCUUGCACAAACUCCUCAUAAGCUCUAUACCAAAGCUCAGAUGCAUGUUUGAGCUUUCGCUAUCAUCAUUUCAUUAAUUGAAAACUCAGUGACAAGUCUACAAAAAUUGGGUUUUAUAUUUACUGCUAAUUUGCAAAAGUUAAGGCAAAUCUUAUUAACUACAAAUCAGUAUCUGUACUUUUGACAGUACAGAUAUAUUUAUGCUAACAUAGAAAUUUAUCAAGGGGCAUAGCCAAUUGAAUAGAUAACCAGAGUAAGAAGACAAAUUCCUGUUUAUUUUUUAUAUAUCUACAGACUACUACAUUGUUUACAGACAGGACUUUGAACUUCAGACUACAAAAAAAAUAAUGCUAAUUUGUAUUUUCUGCAAUACUUCCCAUACCUUCCUUCAUAAUUUGUGAAUUUUUUAGCUGUUAUUAAAUCAGCACUAUAACGGAUUCUCAUUUUUGGAAGUACCAUCAAAUGUAAAGAAUAAAGUAAUAUGUAAAGUUGAAA